AUGGUUAUCGCACGAUUCUUCAAUGGCAUGUCGGGAAGCGCUUUCUUGAGCGUGGCGGGCGGAACUGUGGGUGAUAUAUUUGAGCGGCACCAGCUAGCAGCGCCGAUGAUGGUAUACACAGCUAGCCCGUUUAUGGGACCGGAGAUUGGGCCUUUGCACUGGGUCUACUACGUUUUGCUCAUGUGGGGAGGAGCCGUCGCGGUUUCCAUCAUCCUGUUUGUUCCAGAGACGUAUCAUCCCGUUUUGUUGCGACGCAAAGCAGUGAGUCGUAGAAAGCAAACCGGAGAUGACAGGUGGAUCGCACCUAUAGAAAAGCUGGACAAAUCCUUGGUAAAGACCGUGCUUCGUUCGGUAUACCGGCCCAUGCUCCUACUUGUAUUCGAACCAAUGUGCCUCAAUCUUUGCGUUUUCUCCGCAAUCCUUUUGGGGAUCCUGUACCUAUUCUUUGGGGCAUUCCAACUGGUCUUUUCGACUAUCUACGGCUUCGAACUCUGGCAAGUUGGAGUGAGCUUCUUGGGAUUGCUGGUGGGAAUGGCAAUUGGAACUGCAAGCGAUCCAAUAUGGUCAAGAAAUUAUGGGCGUCUUACCCGUAAGCGGCAACAAGCUGUGGGGAGAGAAGAGUUCGAACCGGAAUGGCGAUUACCACCCGGUGAGUAA